GGCUAGGAACAUGCUCCCAUGCUUUGGAACUGUGGCAGGACUCAGGUCACGAAAAUUAUUCUCCACAGUUGGCGGAAGAGAAGAAGUAAGAACACCUUGUAAGCCUAGCCCGGACGAAGAAGGCUGCUGCCGAAUCUUGGGCCAGGUUGUUCUGGCAGAUGCCGAGCGUGUAAGGUGCAGCCUGUUGCUGCUGGCAGAUGCGCUCCGGCAGCUGUUUCCUCAGCGUUAAAUCCCUGCAACCUCCUAGGGCCGAUAUUAGCAGCUCUUGUCCAAAUAACCAACCUUUUACAAUUUAGUCAUCUAUGGUCCUUCAGGCUCUUCAGGUGUCGAUGGCUUCUCCCCUCCUUUCAUCUUAGCAGAACUUCAGCUUUACAUUUCAGAAACAUCUGCGAAAUUCUGACAUCCUCACCAUCCCUUGUCCGAAAAGAGGCAAAGUUGUUUGUUUUGGAUCUGAACUGAUG